AUGGAGAGAAUUUUUACUUACAUAGCUGCGUUGUUCACUCGUCUGCUGUUUUGCCUCCAUGCCAUUGCCAUGAUUUACUGGCUGGUGACUUUGAAGCAAGACAGAAUGUAUUUUCUGUUUUUACUUCUUCUCGUGGCUCUCUUAGUGGAAACAAUAAUCACUGUGGGAUUUCGAAAGGGACAUGAAUAUAGUUGGUAAGUAAAAGAAAACGAUCUCAAGCACAAGCCAGCCUAGUAGUACAUAGACUGUUUAGUAUGCAUGUCAGCCGCAUCACUAACAUACGGCCCAACGAAUUUGGGAAUAUGUUCGCUUCGCUGUAUGAAUUUUCUUUGCUUCAACAAUUUUCCAAAACGAAGGUAUAAGCAAAUAGCGCUUAAAUCAUACUUUUUCUUUGCAAAACACAUUUUUUAAUGAAGUGUGGUUGCCUUGCUUUAUCUCAAUGCAGACUCGGGAAUUCGAAUUUCCGGCUUUUUAUUCUGGUGGCUUAUUUUCUGUCAAGAGAAAAGCUUUGUUAGUCAGCUUUACUAAACAUUCAUGAAAACUGAAAAUCCGCUUUCUUAUUAAAGAUGGCAUGGUCAAACAUGCCGAGCUUCGUUUACAUUUUAUCAAAAACGAUUCAGAGUCGAAAUAAUUACGGAAAAUAGCCUAGCACGUUCUUAUAGAAAAGCUACAACUUUGUGGAGCUGUGAGCUGAAUGUGAACGGUUUUUCUUACGCCCGAGUUGCAUCCCCAGAGACUACCAUUACAGGAAGUUUGCGAACAACUUGAAGUUUUUAUGCGAACUUGUCUCGAUCUCUUUUAUGGAUAAAAAGCUUAAAUAAACAUAUACUACACCAUCACAGAGUAAAUUACAAAUCAUUAGAAUUCAUUGUUCGGUGACUUGGCAACCUGAUGUACUGCAACGGCUCGAUAUUUCUAUGACUACUGAUGAGUAAUCCCCUAUUCAGUACCUUAGUUCGGAUUUUAAAAAAAAUAGGCUCUCUUCACUAUACAUGAUCUAACCUUUGAGUUUAAUAGUUCUGAGAAACAUGCUCAAGUAAUAAAAAUAUUUAUCUAUAGGCGGCUUUGUCAUUUUGACAGGUGUAAAAGACGUCACUCUGUGUAAAAUCAGUGGUAAUACGUAAAUAUAUUUGCGGCUGUGUCCAAAUGCCCUGCAGCUGGGCACGGUCUAAAUGGACAAAAUGCCCGGCAGUCAGAAUUUCCCCUGAAAUAUUCUUCCGAAACUUUCAUGGGGUGCUAGAUGUUUGUUUAGAGAUGUCAAGCGCUUCCAGAAAUUAUUUCAGCUUUUUUGUGACGAGUUUCCUGAGCUUGUGCAUACGGUAACUAUAAAAUCGCUUGGUCACAGCGAAAAACUUAGCAAUUUUACAGUAUACACAAACUUGGAAAAUUCAUCCACUUAAAAAAUCCAAAGAAAUUUUUUAAAUCGCUUGACAUUUCUAAAGAGACAUCUGAUACUCUUAAGUAGUUUGAGAGAACCUUUCAAUGCAAAUUCUGUGAAAUUUACUGAAUGCCGGGCUUUACUUCAUUUAAGACCAUACCCGGCUGCCGGGCAUUUAGGCACUACAAAAGAUUCGAAGUCGCUGUUAUAGUAUUCAUCUAAUUUGCAAAUUCAGGCAGACACCUGAAGUCUACAAGUAAGAAAACAAAACUAUCAAUAAUGUUAAACUGAGAUAGAUCUAAGAAACAGCGAAUGAUCAACAGUCCGGCUAUAUAUCUUAGUCUAAGAGAGAAUACUACAGUUAAAUCUCGCUAGUCGCAAAUUUGCCUCAAAUUGUUAAAUUGUAAUUCAAAAGCUGAGUUCCGAAAUGCCGCUGUAAUUUUAUUGCUUCUCUAAGGCAAGUUUAUGUAAAUUUCCGGCCCAAAGUAAUCUACACACAUUAAAAGGCUGUUCUGUUAGAAUGUAAUGGGCAGGGGGCUACACAGUUCUAUAGAAACUGAGAGGCUAACUCUAUGAAUCACAUAUUUUUCCUGAAAUAGUUUCGAGGAAAACUUAUGAAUAUCGAUUUCCUUUUCUCCACACUUUGAGUCCUGAUGAUUUCACCGAAUUCCACGAGUGCUGCGAAACGAGGAAAAAAUUAAACAGUCAACUCACACUUCUUACCGCAGUGCACCUUUAAAACAAAAUAUUCAGAAUUUUCAAGGCGUCACUUUAAUUACAUACCAUUUUCGUUAUACAUGUUAUUACAAAUUUAAAUUGUGAAGCUAGGGAGAGCUUUCUGUGCGGGGAUUGUAUUCGGUCAAACAAACCACACAAGAACACAAGAAAAAAAAAAUUACCGAAUGUGAGUGGUCUUUCAUUCCAGGUGCCCUAAGGCCUAUUGUACGUUUCAGCCGUAAUUCUGGCUCAUGAAAGUUUUUAAGAAUAGAGCCUUUCACGCAAAAUAGUUUCAUCGAGUGCAUUAACGUGGGCUGUUACUUCAAAGAUGUCUGACGUAGACUUUUUCAUGAAUUACCUUUCUUAGUCCGCCUCAUUUCGUUGAAAGUCAGUCGAUGUUCUGUUUCAGUCUGUAUCAGCUGUGCGUUUUUCUAUUUCGCGCAAAAAUCUCGAGAAAAAAGCGAGAAAAAUACUCUAAAUUCAGUUAUUAAAGAAUUUGGCGCUUGCAUAGACGUCGUUCGUAAAAUAGUCAGGGUGCUAAAAAUUUUAUUUUAAAUGUUUCCAUAGUUAAAAACUUUUCUGUUGUCGUGUCGUCUAUCUGAGCUACCUUCUUUCACCUCUCCCUCCAUGUUUUCGGUUUGAAAGAAAACUCUUGAUACACAGGCGAUACGUGACCUCUAUGAAUGAAGUUGAAUAGUCCUCUUAAUUUCAUCAGUUUCCCAAACACCUACAUAUAAACUGAUUUAAUUGUAGGCGAGUUAUGAUGGAUGGUAUUUCUCAGCUGUUAUCUUUGCUUCCUCACAUGAGCCUAUACGUCUUCACUGGUUUCAGAACUAAACCUAAACAAAUACAUCUAGAAAUUGGCUUUUGUCAGAUGCCACUAACCAUGCAGUUCACAUUGCUGAUUGUAGGUUUUGUCCAAGCAUGUUUUUAUACCUGAUGACUAUGAUUCCCUGUGACUGGAUUGCUAAAAUAGAAGUGCUUGAUUGCGUCGCUUCCAGUAACGAUGCAAGUUCAACUUGCAUCACAGCUGUCAACGAAACCGAGGAGAUCUUUCAGGUUAGUGAUUAUUCAUUGAAGAUUAAGCGGAGCCAUGAAAAUGAGCAGUGAAGCGGCAAAAGGAAUAAGAAGCAUAUGAUGGCAAUUUUGCUACGAAAAGUUGUUUUGUGAUAGGUCGAGUUAGGUUUUAAAUAAAGCGCAAGAACUCGACGGAUUGCAUCGCGCGGUUUCUCCAGCCGAAGCUCCAUCUUUUUUAUUCACAGCUUCGUUGCCUUCAUUUUCAUCCAGCGUUCAAAAAACAAAAGCUACGCAGGCUAUAUUGUUAGCAUCUACCACACAGGUAAAUGGUGCUUUUUGCGGUUGGCUAGUUUGGAAGUGAAUAGCGAGUACUAUUCGCCUCCGAGCAGCCGACGAGACAAAAUUGAGCGUCAAGAGUUAAAUUUCCGACCAUUUUUCGGUUUAUUACAUCCCUGGUGAGCCUCGCAAUCUGAUUGACUCUCCUUUAAUCCCAAAAUUUUGCUCAAAAAUCGCAUCCUUUCCCAGCCAAUGAAAAACCUUUACUAUAUCCAACAACCAAUCAGAUUUCAAAGAAAAUGAAAGAACUUUGCAAUUUUUUACCAACCAGCUUACUUCCGAAUCAGUAAACUAUUUCUACACACUAAAAAAUUCCUAAAUGUGAGCGACUGAAAUUUGCGAUUUCAAAAUAGAUGUGAUAAUUGCACUUCGUGUCCUGCGCGAGGCGAUCGUUCGAUUUUGAAAUCACUAGUAUGAUUUCAGAUCAAAUUUCACUCCACCCGAUUCAAUUGCUGUUAUAUAUUGAAAGUAGUAAACUAAUUUAUUAGUACAAAUGAUUAAAAGGGGUAAGUUUUUGAAGAAACUGUUGUGCUGAAUUGGUGGGGGAGUAUAACAAGAUACUUUGGUUUUAUCGACUAAGUUGAUGAUGUAACUCGGCCACCGUAAGGAGCUAAAAAGCUGACGUUUCCAGCGUUGGUCCUUCGUUUAUCGCUUUGAAUCAUCAAAUUAGUUGAUAAAACCGAGUUAUCUACUUUUUUUAGUAUCUGUGUGGUAUAUACUAAAACAAUUAUUCACCUCAGUUUCGGUGAAAGUGUUGGAUAUAUCUAAUCUUGUAAAAAUAUACAAAUCAGCGAGCAACACAAAGCGCACGUACUUGACAUGAUUACCCUUAGAAACCGUGCACCACGACCAUACGUGACAUGAUUACCCUUAGAAAUCGUGCACCACGGCCAUACGUGACAUGAUUACCCUUAGAAAUUGUGCACCACGGCCAUACGUGACAUGAUUACCCGCAACCUUGACUGUUCUUGACAUGAUCAUUGUAUGAUCUGCAGCCUGAUGACGUCCCAAGCGCUGAUUUCGAAAAUUCACUGUACGUUUUCGGUUAAUCAGUAAAGAGAUAGUGAAUUGAAUGUAUGAUAAUCUAUAAUAUUUGACAAAUUUGAGAUAACAAAAAGACUUAAAAUAGACUUGAGUGAGAAAUGGGUGUCAUUGUAAACCUCAAAAUACUCUAUUGAUACUAAGUUCAUAGCAAAAUUAGUUCCCAUAUCCUUACCUUCCCUGACUCUUACUCACCUCAAGUGAGCAAGGAUCCUUAAUCAAAGGUCACUAACUGCAGCUGCUUGGUGAUUUCAGUUGAGACUGUGAUUGUGUUUUGAACUGGAUACGUAGAGAAAUCACAUGUUCUUUAGAAAGUUCUUCAAUGAGCACCCUUUUUCAGUCGCUAUAAGUUACCAUGCAAUAAGAUUUUGUAUAAACUUUUGUUUUAGUUUUUACAAGGAAUAAACAUCACCGACGACGAAAGACUACUGUACACCAUGGAGCAAGCUCUGGUUCUCAUCUUAGUCAUUGGCAGAUGGCUUCUUCCAAAAGGGGGAAUAUCACGUGAUCAGUUAUCCCAACUGUUGCUUAUCUACAUCGGUACAGCAGCGGACAUUAUGGAAUUCACUGAGAUCAUCAAAGAGGAUGACAUCAGAAAAACUAACCCAAAAAUGCUUCAGAAUCACCACUUUGUCAAUGCGGUUAUUUUGUUUUGGAGUGUUAGUCUCUUCCAGUUCCCUUUGACCAUUUAUGCGAUGGAAAGAUCAGCACAAAGACUCGAAAAAGAGAAGGCUGAGCUGGAAGAGCGGCUCAGAAAAGUUAAAGAAGAGAAAGAUUUUAGAAGAAGGAGAAAUCAAGUGGCGCCCUCACCGGCUUUGUAUAUUUAUAAAAAGGAUCAAAGUCGAGAAUACAAAGAAAAAGAAGAAAUUCGGGUUAGAUAUAUUCAGUCUAAAUCUGGACUAGAGAUCAAACCUGUAAUGACGUCAGUAACAAGCAUGGAUGAAGAGGAAGCUGCUACGCAUGCUUCCCGAGGAAGAUGUAAUCGAUGUUGGAAAAGGUUUACCCAAGGUGUCGACAAUUUUGCAGGCAAAAUGAAAGAUUACACUGAGCUUGUAAGUUUACUUAUACCGAUGCUUAUGCAAGAUGGCCCUUUUCUUGUUAUUCGUCUCAUAGUCAUUGCCUAUUAUCAAAUUUACCAUGAUACUUUGUACUUUCUGACUGUCAAGAAUGCCUUGGUUGUUAUGCUUCAAGUCUACCGCAUCUUCGUUUUGUAUUACAAGCCACCAGAAGAGGACAUCGAUGAUUUUUUUCCAGACAGCGAUGGUUCUCACAGGCUUAACAAUGUACAGACCGCCAUUAAAUCCGUACAGCACACUCGUUUAGCCCUAAGCCUAGUUUCCAGGCUCCAGCAGCAGGCAAAAUGGCGACGAAAGAGGAGCCUCAACUCUGGUCGUUUUAAAGUAAAGCGUCCCUCGCAUGAUCCCAAAGAUACGGACAGUAAGAAAGAUGACAUGCCUUGA